UAGGAAAUGGCAGAACUCCCUUGCAGCUCAGUUUGUGUGAAGUUUAAUAUUUUUACUUAAAAUGUAAUUUUUCAGUUAAAAGAAUGGGCAGUGUUACUUGGAUUUGUUGUGCAGUUGUGUUUUUCCUGUUUGAGAGGGCGAUAACAACGCCUGUAUCGAUAGGUCAGUUUUGGCAGGUGACAGAUUUUCACUAUGAUGCUAACUACAGUGUGUCAGGCAACCCCCUGGAUAUGUGCCAUAAUGCUGCACCCUCACUGUUGGAGUCCCCAGUCAUGGGGAAGUAUGGGGAUUACAAGUGUGACUCUCCCUGGCAGCUGGUACAGUCUGCUAUCAGUGCAAUGAAACAGAUACAGCCAAAACCAGAUUUUAUCCUAUGGACAGGUGAUAGCAUUCCACAUAUCCCUAACUCUGACCUGGACCUCAGGAAGAUAUACACUGUGAUAGGCAAUAUAACCCUUCUCCUUCGUGACACAUUCUCUAACAUUACUAUAUAUCCAACAUUUGGAAACCAUGACCCCUGGCCGUCAAACCAAAUGUCUCCUCACACUGGUGAUAGGUACUAUGAAAAUAUUGCCAACAUCAGUAGAUGGGAUCAGUUGCUGCCUACAGGAGCCAUGAAAACAUUUCUGAAAGGAGGGUACUACACUGACAUUCUGUGUGCGGGUCUUAGCUUAAUUAACCUAAACAGCCCACUGUAUUACCACAGUAACAAGUUGGUCAGUGGCAUCAAAGAUCCUGCUGGACAACUGGACUGGCUCAGACAGACACUGGAACAAAUUAAAAGCAGGAAUGAAAAGGUGUACAUAGCAUCCCACAUCCCACCAGGCAGGUUUGGCAGGGUGGCCAAUAUCUCUUGGUUCUACCCAUACUUCAACAAAGCUUACUUGUCCAUACUUCAGGAGUACAAGGACCUCAUAACGGGUCAGUUCUAUGGCCAUGAACACACUGAUGGGUUUAGAGUCACAUAUGAUGAUAAUGGAACUCCAUAUGGCAGCAUGUUCCUGAGCCCAGCGGUGACCCCCUGGAACAGCACUCUACCAGGUGCUGGUUACAACAAUCCAUCCAUACGAUUAUAUCAUUAUGACAGGAACUCUGGGCAAGUACUGGACUACUUCCAAUAUUUCCUCAACCUCACUGCUGCUAACACUGAUGAGAAGGCUAAGUGGGCUUUGGAAUAUCAGGCUACCAAAGCCUACAGCAUAGAUAAGGUAACAACAAUGUCACUGGUGCAGUUAGUGAACAAACUUAAGGCCUCUGGUUCGGGCCUGUUUGAGAAGUACUAUGUUUACAACUCUGUAAGUGUGGAUCCUGAGAGCACCUGCUCUGGGCAGUGUAAGAAGAACCACAUGUGUGCAAUCAUCGCUGUGGAUUAUGAACAGUAUGACAAGUGCCUUGCAAACAUGACCUCUAUUGGUGAUGAUGACAUAUGGCCUCCGCACCCUCCCCAUCCGCCCCUGCAUCCUCACCAUCGUAAAGCUCCAAAAUACAUGCUGUACAUCAUUAUAGCAAUGGCUGUGGUUGUGGUAGCCAUUUUUAUUCUGAUAGUGUUGCUUUGUCUAAGAAACACUGGCACAGCACCGGUUACUUUUAGGGGACAUGUACCAAGAAUGCGUCAUUCUUCUAAAUCUAGAUUAAGAUCAUCUAAAUCUAGAUCAAGGUCACGGUCAAGAUACUGCCGUGUGAAUUCUGAAGGCUAUGAUAGUAGUGUUCCCAACAGCCCAGUCCCUCAUGACUAGCACAGCAGUGUUCAUUUAAAGUAGGACUGUGCAUGACAUUCAUGAGGUGCAAUAAUUAAAAUACAAGUUACAGGAUCAUCACUUGUUUCAGAAAACUGAAUGUGACUGUUUCCCUCUCAGCAAAAGCAUUAGUUGUGAUGUAAGUUGCCAGUAUAUUCUGAAUCCUAGGAUGUCCAUUCUGUAAUAGUAUGAGUGACGUUCAAAAUAUUUUCAGCAUAAAACCUGCUUGUGAAGUUUCCUGUGUAGGAUAAAUUUCUGUCUUACAUUGAAAAAUUGGGAUGCAGUAAUUAUUUAAAAGGGAUGGUGGUUAAGAAGCCAUCGUACACAAUUACAAUAACUGUUGGGGAUUUUGAUAAGUUCUGAUCCUCUAUACUGUUUCUGUCUAUUUCCUUUCAUUAAUAUGAUCAGUCUGGGACUGCAGGAGUGGUUCAUUGUCUUCCUGUUUAUUGAUAGUUGCACAAGCACAAGUAUAUUUGCAGUUAAAAAAUUUAAGCAUAUGGCAAAGAAAUCUUGCUUUGAUAAAAAUUAGUCAAAGCUGCUCAGGUGGGAAAUGAUACUUGGCUCCCCAUUUUGUUCUUUAAUUACUGCAUUUGAGCCAACUUAUUAUUAUUAUUAUUAUUAUUAUUUAAACCCGGGUUUAGUAAAAAAACUUGAGGAGAAUUCUUUGUUACAUUGUAAAAUGUGUUUUAAUUAUUAUUUUAUUUUAUAUUGUUUUGGACAGCCAAUGCAAUACAAGUAUCACUUGUUACUCUAUCUUGCCAAGAUAUGCAUACAGGAGAUAUACCUGAUAUUGUAGACUGCCCUAGAUACCCAAGGAAAUCAAAGUUUGAGUGUUGUUGUGUGUCAUGAAAUCAUGAGGUGUAUGAGUCAGUGCAUGCUGAUCUUUUGGCAAAUUCAUGGCUGUGUACUAUGGAAAAUGGUGCAUGACUGUCAUUAUUGAUGAAUUGAAAAAAACGUUCAUUUUGGAUUACAUAAUAUUUAAAUUACUAAUUUUGUUAUUUGUAAUUAGAGGUGAUUGUUAUGAGUCUUUUUUCUUAUUGCAAAGUUAUUGUAAUUGUAACAAGGAGAAAAUUUAUAAUUUAAGUUUCUCUUUGGAUUGUAAAGAUUUUCCUUUCUCAAAUCAAGAAAUGAUAUAUUUGGUCCUUAUUGACAUAAUAUAUCUUUAAUGUUGAGUUCUAGCAAGUUAUCACACGUCCUGAAAAACUAAUGAUCACUUCUAGAAUUUUCAUGUUGUUCUCUUUUAUGUUCAUGGUGUUAAACACAUUCAGUAGAGUAGCAAUAUUAAUGUUAAUUCACAUAAAAUAUACAAUUCAAAUAUAUCCAUCUUGUAACUAUUAUAUGUAAUCAAUGGACCCAACUCAGGGGAGAGAGGGAGCAACAAAAGCUAAUUUUCUGCCUAUACCCUGUGAAACACUUGCCUGCUUCACUGGACAUGUAGGUUUGCAUGGUUGUGUUUACAUGUACACUGUAUCCCAGGCCAUGACUUGUUGUAAGUACUUGCUCAAAUAAGGUGGUUCUAUUUUGUGCAUAGGUUAAAUUUUAGUUCUCACAAAUUGUUUCAAAUCGUAAGAUUUAGUUGGGAUUGUUUUACAAAAUUCCUAUUUUUGUCUAUACCAAGGGGUGGGUAUAUUUUGGGAUUUGGUUUGUACCAAAAAGAGGAAAAUUUAUUCUAUAAUUGAUGGAAGGGUACUGUGAUAUGGCCCAUAUAUAAAAUAUUUUCCCUGUUUUCUCGUGUCAAGAUGGUAACAUAGGAAAGAGUGGCUCUCUUAGGACUUCUAAUGUUAUCUUAUGUUUUCAAUUUUAUCUGGAUAUUUAUGUUAGAAGACUUCUGAUCUUAUAUUGGGGAUACAGUAUUUGGGGUUCCUCUAUUUUAUUCCAUAAAGUGACAGUUUGUUGUUUGUAAAUUUAUUUAUUUAUUUAUUUAUUUAUUUAUUUAUUUAUUUAUUUAUUUUGUGUUAAAUAUUUUUGUUAUAUUUUCCAAUAUCCAUAAUUUGUUUUUCUUAAGCAUAUUACAUAAAGAAAUUGCCACCUCUGACCAAAAUCUGCAUUUUUACUCAAAAUUCCAAAUGCAAAGAAUAUAUAUGUGUAAAACCCUUCACAUGGUAAUUCCAAAGUUUAGAAAGGAUGUCCAAACUUUGCAUUUAUGUUACAGGAUAUUUUCAAGUUAAGGAUUCAAUUGAGCUUUGCAAGUUUCUAUAAUAGAAAAUUAGCAUUUAUACUGAUAUUGAUUGUUUGUUUUUUAAUACCUAAAUCUCAAAAAUGGUCUCUGAAUUAUUGUUAUGAAUAUUUUGACAGAAUAAAAUUUUGUUAUAUCCCAAUGGUCUUCUUACAUAUACAUGUGUGUAUGUGUGAUUUGUUAACAGGAUCUGUAUAAUCUUCAGGGGUGUGUGAUUGAUGUUAUCAACUCUUCUUAAAUGAAAAUAGUGAUGAUUUACAAAUCAAAAUCUCAAUAAAUGAUACAAUAAAACUGUGUAGGUUUCUUGU